AUGAUUGCUUCAAGGAUUGGUCACUCCCUAUCACGCUAUUUUCGUGCUAAAAAUUUGUUACAACGCGAUGCUGGAAGAGCAACCGUUUUGAAGGGUUAUGGCUAUGUUGCUUCUUCUUCAUUCGGAGGAGCUCCUUUUCUUGCUGCUACUACUAUUACCAAUGGUUUCGCUUCCAAUUUAAUAUUGCAUAGGCUUCAUCGGCUCUUUUCCAGCAUUAAUAAUGCCCCAAAGAAAAAAAAUUAUGAGAACUACUAUCCCAAGGGAAAGAAAGAAAUUCCAAAAGAAGAUCAGCAGAAAUCUAAGUCUAAAGAAGAUGAAUCCAACACAAACAAAGAUAACAAAACUGACAAUCAUGAAAAAUUUCAAGAGAAUUUGAAGAAACUACUUCACAAUAUCAUCACACCUUUGUUGAUGAUGUUGGUACUUCUUUCAUCUGCUCCUUUACCUGAACAUGAACUCCAGAAGAUUAGUUUCCAAGAGUUUAAAACAAAGCUUUUGGAGGAAGGCGUAGUAGACCACAUUGUUGUUUCAAAUAAGUCAGUUGCCAAAAUCUAUGUAAAGGGCUCUCACCAUAAUGGAACAGGAGAUCAUGUUGAUGAAGGGAAAACCCUUCCUGCAACAGUUGAAACUGGAGGCCAAUAUAAAUACUAUUUCAUCAUAGGCAGCGUCGAGUCCUUCGAGGAGAAGCUAGAGGAAGCACAGGAAGCACUCAACAUUCACCCUCAUGAUUAUAUUCCUGUUACAUAUACUUCUGACGUUCAUUGGUACCAAGAGUUAUUGAGAUUUGCUCCAACACUUUUGCUUUUGGGAUCUCUCAUGUAUAUGGGGAGAAGAGUGCAAGGUGGGUUUGGUGUUGGUGGGGGCAACAACAGAGGUGCUAGUGGAAUUUUCAACUUAGGAAAAGCCCGUGUAACUAAAGUGGAUAAACAUGCAAAAAACAAGGUCUACUUUAAAGAUGUUGCUGGGUGUGAUGAGGCAAAGCAAGAAAUCAUGGAGUUUGUGCAUUUCUUAAAGAAUCCAAAGAAAUAUGAAGAACUUGGUGCAAAAAUUCCAAAAGGUGCUCUUCUUGUUGGGCCUCCAGGCACAGGGAAAACACUCUUAGCAAAAGCAACUGCAGGGGAAUCCGGUGUGCCUUUUCUAUCUAUAUCUGGUUCUGAUUUUCUGGAGAUGUUUGUUGGUGUUGGACCCUCAAGGGUGAGAAGCUUGUUCCAGGAAGCAAGGCAAUGUGCUCCAAGUAUAGUAUUCAUUGAUGAGAUUGAUGCAAUAGGUAGAGCUAGGGGACGUGGAAGCUUCUCUGGUGGCAAUGAUGAGCGCGAAAGUACAUUGAAUCAAUUGUUGGUGGAGAUGGAUGGUUUUGGAACCACUUCUGGGAUUGUUGUGCUUGCUGGCACAAAUAGACCUGAUAUCUUGGACAAAGCUCUGCUUAGGCCUGGCAGAUUCGAUCGCCAGAUUAGCAUCGAUAGGCCUGAUAUUAAGGGUCGCAACCAGAUAUUUCAAAUCUACUUGAAGAGGAUCAAACUAGACCAUGAUCCGUCAUAUUAUUCACAGAGGCUUGCAGCACUUACCCCUGGAUUUGCUGGAGCAGACAUUGCCAAUGUUUGCAAUGAAGCUGCACUGAUUGCUGCAAGAAGCCAGAAGACUUGCGUCACUAUGGAACAUUUUGAGGCAGCAAUUGAUAGGAUUAUUGGUGGAUUGGAGAAGAAGAACAUGGUAGUAAGCAUGUUGGAAAGGCGUACCGUUGCUUACCAUGAAUCUGGCCAUGUUGUUGCAGCAUGGUUCUUGGAACACGCUCAACCAUUGUUGAAAGUAACCAUAGUUCCUCGCGGUACAGCAGCUCUUGGGUUUGCCCAGUAUGUUCCCAGUGAGAAUCUCCUAAUGACAAAGGAGCAGCUUCUUGAUGAGAUUUGUGGGAUCCUUGGUGGUAGGGCUGCGGAGCAGGUUCUGAUUGGAAGAAUCUCAACAGGAGCACAAAAUGACUUGGAAAAAGUGACUAAGUUGAUGUAUGACCAAGUAACAGUGUAUGGCUUCAGUGACAAAGUUACUGUGAACCUCAUUGAGGAACACAAGGAUCAAGUGGCUCAAAUUGCUGAGUUGCUGCUACAAAAGGAAGUGCUAUACAGGGAUGAUUUGGUUCAAGUUCUGGGCGAAAGACCAUUCAAGUCUAGUGAUGAACACAACCAUUAUGAUACUUUCAAGCAAGAUUUUCAACUGGACAAUGACAACAAUGGGCAAGGACCCCAUGUUGCAGAAUCAAUUACCUUCAAUGGACGUUGCCGCGUAGGAACAAAGUAAAAGGACAAGGGCAGGUGGUGGAAGCUGAAACAUUGAAGCAAGCAACGUGUCAAGUUUUG